UAAGUUCCAAGAGAUUUUCCAGAGAAUUAGAGGAAUAUAAGCUAAUAUUUGUCAAAUUACGCAGGGCCAGUUAAUGAACUUCUACCACAUGUGUGUGUGCGUAAAGUGGAUGGCUGGGCGCGCACACACGCAGCACUUCACUGCGGGGAACAGCUGCUGUCAGACGCGUUACACGGAGUGGGAGUGGGGGCUAUGGACGAUUUCUCGACUGAUUCGCCUCUCAGACAGGACCACUUUUCUCUGAAACAGUUCACAUGGUCUACUUUUGUCUCAUCCACCAGCUUUGAAUGAGCUGAAAAUGAGACGCGUGGACAACAGUCGGUGAUCUCUGCGUUUCCCGGUUGUUUGCACAAGACGGUUUAGAGUUAACACGGAUUCUUUGUUGCUGGUGUCUCACUCGGACAUGGCACAUCUCUGGAUCCAGUAAGAGAAUCUCACAGCGUCAGACGCGUCUGCGGCGAGGGGGACCAGCGGGAGGACUCGGAAACUUGUGUGGUGCAGGAGACGGUCUCUCUUUUCGAAUCGGCGCUGCCACAGCUGUCACAGUGCGAGACAGCCAUGGUGAACUCCUUCAUACUGAUGCUCAGCUGGACUGUGUUCUCUGAGGUGACGAGAGCUCAGAAUGACACGGAGCCUAUUGUCCUGGAGGGAAAAUGCCUCGUGGUGUGCGACUCUAACCCGACCACGGACUGGAAGGCUUCGUCCUCUCCGCUCGGCAUCUCAGUGCGCGCCGCCAACUCCAAGGUGGCUUUCUCUGCAGUCCGGAGCAACAACCACGAGCCGUCGGAGAUGAGCAACAAAACCAGAAUAAUAUACUUCGACCAGGUUCUUGUGAAUAUAGGAAACUACUUCACAUUUGAAUCAGUUUUUUUGUCCCCAAGAAAAGGAAUCUACAGCUUUAACUUCCAUGUCAUUAAAGUGUACCAGAGCCAAACCAUACAGGUGAACUUGAUGUUGAAUGGGAAACCCGUAAUCUCUGCCUUUGCGGGUGACAAAGAUGUGACCCGCGAAGCUGCCACUAAUGGAGUUCUGCUGUAUCUGGAAAAAGAGGACAAAGUCUACCUGAAGCUGGAGAAGGGAAACCUCGUUGGUGGAUGGCAAUACUCAACAUUUUCUGGCUUUCUUGUGUUCCCUCUGUAAGAAAAAGAAAAAAAAGAGAAGAAAAGAAAAGAAAAACAAAAAAAAGAAGAUCGUAAGCUGACUGACUGCUUCAUAAUGUGUCGUCACUGUAUAAUCAAAACAUUGCUGCAAAUGGUGGAAAGUGUUAUAACAAAUGGAUCAGAACAGAGAGAGGAAAUAAAACAGUGGAAAUCAUUCACAUUCUCUGGAAGUACAGAGUCCCCGUCCAGAUGAAAGAGACUUGAAAUGUUCCCUAUCACUACUGUAUGUUCCUGUCACUCAAGCAGCCUCAGAGAGGAACACUGAAACAUCCCAGCAGUACUCUUCAAACCUGGACUUGUUGGAAUAUUCUUAGCAUACUGAUUUUUUUUUUUUUUUUCAUGGCAAGUGUUGCAUUCAAGUACGUCUGCCUUUUGGGUGUAAACUGUAUAUGUUUGUUUUACUUUUGUGAAUUGUCACCACCAAUUUAUUCACAUUGUAAAGUCCCAGGGAGUGUCUCCUCCUGAGCCAGUUGUUUCAGGCCAAGUGGUGCAGGUCACUGAUUACCACAAAUAUAGAAGUUGGUUAAUGCUUGUUAGAAAGAGUGUUUGGUAAUCAGAUUACCUGAACAGGCCUACCGAGCACGGGGCCCCCGACUUAGGCCCUUUGACUUAACCUGCAAAAUGUCAUUGAAAGAAGUGCAAAACAACCGCAAAGAGACAGCGAACAAUUUCAAAGGCGCCAACUGACCCGAACUGCCACAAAACUACUACAAAGAGACACAAAAUGACCGUAAAGCAUAGCAACACACUCACACAAAAGACUGCAAAGAGAUGCAAAACGUCCACAAAGAGACAAAGAUUUGACCACAAAGAGACAAAGAUUUGACCACAAAGAGACAUAAACUGAUUACAAAGAUAACAACAUGACCACAAAGACACUACAAAACAAUGCAGAA